AUGGGCGUAGCGGGUACAAAAGAGCCUCCUCGAAACGUCACAUUUGAAAAUCAAUUACUUUUAACUGAAGCUGCUUUACAACAAUUACAAUCAUCUGUCGGUAAAGAUGUACCAAAUGCCGUAUCACAACGUGCAAGCCAAUUAACAGAUGGAACUCAAAAUAAUGCUCCAUUGCCAACAAUCGAAACUUCUGGUACAGUUGAAACAUGGCGCGCAUUAUCAUCGAGUGUUAACGAUGUUGAAUUAAAACGUUUACGCGAAGAAUAUAAACAAAAAUUAAUUGAACAUGAAAAACAAAAUCGUGAUAAAUAUGGUUUAAGUAAAGAAAAUUUAGAACGAUCUAUAGAAAAAUUAGAAAAAAAAUUUUCAAAAUAUUCCUAUGUGCCAGUAUGUGAAUUAGAACGAAAUGAUAUUGAAAAAUGUUAUAUUAAUAAUUCAAAACAUGUGCUUCUAUGUUCGGAGUUAGCCGAAAAAUUUAUAAAGUGUGUUAAUAAUCAUCGUGAAAUGUCAAUGAAUACAUUGAGAAAAGUGGAGACAGAACAUUACCCUAACCAACAACAACAACAACAACAACAGCAGCAGAAAGAUCAUUCAGAAGGAAAAUAUCAUCAUGAAACGUCAUCUCAUACGCAGACAACACCUCAGCCAACACCACCAAUUGGAAGUCUAAAUUAA